AUGGUCAACAGACUAAGGGCGGCAGUGGUCAAGGUCUUCUCCGCAAAGCACUCAUUGACGUUACCUACCGCGGCGCUUAAUUACAUCGAGCAGGUUUUGCAAGAGAAUGAUGUCCCGGAAGAAGAAUGGUCUACUGGAUUGGAACUUUGGGCGCGAGAGUAUCUCAAGGGAGAAGAAUCGUCUUCCCUUGUUUCCCUCCCAGCGCUGAAGAAAGCAUACGAGAUUCUUCAGCUGGGAGUCAAUGACAAUGAUGACAUGCUCGAUCCAUCGGAAGUCAACAUUGAAACGCACUUUUCAGUGGUAGACGCUUUCGACAUGCCUGCUGUACACUUUGAUGCUGUCAGAGGGGGUUUCACCACAUCCAAGCAUACACCUUCCCUUGCUGGACAAGCUUCAAGUCGAGCUGCAUUCCUCAGGGAAAGGUGGGGCAUAAUCAAAGAGAUCAUCCUGAGAAAUGAAAACUUCACUCCUCCAGCUAUAGCGGGUCAUGAUCGAGACAACUAUUUAAAGCUCACAUCUACUCGCAACCUGCUGGGAAGAGUCGGACAGCUCUUUCUCCUCUUUGGGAUGCUUUCCCGAGAUCCAGAAGGCAGACUCUGUCUCGAAGACGGAGAGGGCAGAGUCAGAUUGGAUAUGGAUGACGCUGUACCAGGAGAGGGGAUGUUUACCGAAGGAUGUAUGGUGCUCAUCGAGGGUGAAUACACCAUUGACGAAACUAUCCGUGUACUGGCCAUGGGCCAUCCUCCAAGUGAGAAAAGAGAAGUAGCUAGAAGCCUACAUGGCCAUGUCGACUUCAUUGGCGGAGGAGCUAUUUCUUUGAAAGAAGAGCAGAAGUUUCUACCCACGGUGGCGGUCAACACACAAGUUUCAUUCGUCGUUCUGUCAGAUGUCUGGCUCGAUCACCCUCGAUGUCUUCCGGCUUUAAGGAAAAUGUUCGAAGGUUAUGCCGAAUCCGUGGAGUUCAGGCCAAUGGCUUUUGUACUUUGCGGAAACUUUAGUCAAAAGGGAUGGGAAACGGAGGAGGGAUUGAAGAGGUAUAGCAAUGGGUUCAAUGCACUCACAGAUCUCUUGGUUUCUUUCCCUCUCCUCCAAUCAUCUCAUUUCAUAUUCGUACCCGGACCCCUAGAUCCUUGGUCCUCCAGCACUCUCCCUCGACCUGCUCUCCCUUCUCUCCUAUCAGCACGACUCAAACAACGCCUGCCAAAUGUACACUUCGUCUCGAAUCCGUGUCGGAUCCGAUACUUUGGAAUGGAACUCGUCAUCUGUCGAGAGGAUCUAAUGGGUCGGAUGGUCAGAAAUUUGGUGGGGGUCAAAGAUGUCAAAGGCGCCGAUAUGAAACGAUAUUUGGUGCAGACUAUUCUCGAUCAAACCCAUCUAUCUCCUCUUCCCCUGUCUGUCCGACCAACAUUAUGGGAGUUUGAUCACGCUCUACGACUAUAUCCCAUGCCUUCGGCUUUGGUUCUGGCGGACAAAUAUGAACGGUAUGAGCUCACCUACGAAGGUUGCCACGUGUUUAAUCCUGGCCGAUUUGUGGGUGGUGGUGGUGAAGGGGGGGAAUUUGAGUGGAGCAUGUAUUAUCCCGCGACGGGGAGGAGCGAGCGAAGCGCAUUGACAUUAGACUAGAUUCGAAGUGUGGCAUAGCAUAGGGAAACAAUGCAUUGUUGUAGCAUCUUG